AUGUCUGCAUCGUUUACAAAAUCAAACACACCUGUUGGCUCCACCUCCCCUACAUAUGUCAAUCUCAAGGGCUCAUCUUCCUCCGUCAACAGUUGCAUUUCAUCGAAAAGGUCCAUCCCUGCAGAGGUAGUCAAACGGAUUAGUCACCGGAAGAAACGUACAUGUAUGUGCUCGCCGACAACACACCCUGGCUCAUUUCGGUGUAGCCUCCAUAAGAACUCUGGCUCGGCGGUGGCUCAUUUGCCAAAAAGUCUUAACACGCGGAGAUCUGCCAUGACGAACUCGCUUGUGAGAAUCCGUGGCAUUGAGGAAGAGCUUGUUAGGAGAGCGCUGUUGGCUCCGAUGAGAUGUUUGUCACAUAAACAACGACGGCGUUUUGAUUUUCGGCCGCGGCCUAGCAGGUUUCUGUCAUGUUCAGAUAUAAAAGUUAAUACUUAA